GAGGAAACAAAAUUUUCAUUUUCCUUUUAGUCAACGUUCGGCGGCGUUAUCCGUUCUAUGUAUUACUGUGUAUCCGUUUUUCUUUUUCUAUGAAAAAAAAAGAAGUGUAAUGAGAUUCUUGUUUGAUUUCAAUGUUACUAUUUGAUGUUAAUGUAAAUUCACAAUAACAAAAAAAUUCAAUUGGAUUUUUCAAAAACCAUAAAGAAAACGUGAACAGAGUAAAAAAUAUUUGUGGACAAAUAAAUAUUGCAGAUCAGGACAGGUCCCGAUCUCAUGAGUGUUUCUUGUUUCUUCGUAAUUAAGUUUAAAUUUCAAACUUUAAAGAGAAAUUUGAAAAGAGGAUGAAGAUAUGAAACAUUUUUGUCGUCAAUAACAAAUGGCAGUAGCUGGUGCUUCUGAUAAAAAAUAUUUAGAAUCUUUAAGAUAUUGAAAUAUUCUUUGAAAUAAGAAUUCAAAUAAAAUAACCAAAGUCUAGUCAUUGACGGAAAGAAGUUCUUAAAAAGAAAAACUGAAAAAAAAAGAAACAAUAAAAAUAAGAAGCAUAAAAGUUUUCAACCAGUGGGAAAUGGAAACUAUUGAAGAGAUUAUUGAACAAGAAAUCGCCGAACCUCUUGUCGAAGAAUCACACCACGCUCAUCAUCGUUCUCUUAGACAUCCACAUCAUCACCAUCAUCAUAAUGGAUCUGUCGUGAUGGUAAACCCUCAAACUGGACAAAUGGUGGAACACCAACGUCAUGAAAUGAAUAAUAAUGAAGACCCUAAACAUUAUAUAAAAACAGAACAAAUGGACCAUCAACGUGGCCGAAUCAUUACACACGCAAGUCAAACAACACCAAACUUGGAAAUGGUGAAACAGGAACAUUGUGUUGAUGCUGUUGACAAUGUUUCAACGCAAAUAGAACAUCAUCAUCACCAUCAAAAGCAGGAAACACUUUCAGUGAUUGUUCAACCACAUGACGAUUCACGUGAUUCAACACAAAUUCUCAGUCCUGGAAAGCUAACACCAUGUUCAGAAAUGAUUGAUACGUCAGACUUCAGAGCAAUAAAUGAACCAACUUACCAAACACUAACAUCCGUGAAUGGUCGUAUGUCACCACCAGGUUUCAGUCCGAAUUCAAGCUACGCAACUUUGACACCACUUCAACCUUUGCCACCUAUCUCAACAAUGUCGGAUAAGUUUGCAUAUGGUCAUGGACAUGGUCUUGGCGUAAACUCACCUUACAGUUACGACAAAUCACCUUCGAUGGACAUAUCACCUCCACAUAGCUACUCCCCACUACCGCAAUCAAUUUACAGUCAAAACGGCCUUCCAUCGCCCCAAAAAAGUAUGUCACCUGGCUAUGAAUCACCAUACAGCAGCCACAGAGAUAUUUUAACAGCAACAACAGCCACAACUCGCCAAAACGGCGGAUCAUCUGGUGGACAAGCACAAGCUGCAGCAAGUCCCGCUUCACCACCUCACAGUUAUUCACCAAUACCCCAUGUGUAUGUUCAAAAUGGUCAAACACGUCAAAACGGAAGCAAUGCAACUCAAAAUAUUUCAAUAAACACAUCAGCACCAAGCCCCACACUUAGUGCUCAAUCUGUGAGCAACAGCAAAUGGAUAAAUUAUGGAAUGGAAAACUUAUGGAACCAUCACCAUACACUCAAUCAUAAUGAAAAUAAUGGAAAUAAUAGCAAUAUAAAUACAGCAAAAAGUAGCGGUAAAAUGUCAGCAUCUUCAACUGCAUCGCUAUCAUUAACAAGUGACGUUGAAGAGAUUAAUACAAAAGAGCUUGCGCAGAGAAUAAGUGCCGAAUUAAAGCGUUACAGCAUUCCACAAGCAAUUUUUGCGCAGCGAGUUUUGUGUAGAUCACAGGGAACACUUUCAGAUUUAUUGCGAAAUCCAAAGCCCUGGUCAAAAUUGAAAUCAGGUCGUGAGACUUUUCGAAGGAUGGCAAAGUGGCUUCAAGAACCAGAAUAUCAGAGAAUGUCAGCGUUGCGAUUAGCAGCAGCUCAAAUUCCCCAACGUGGAACGUGUAAGCGCAAGGAUGAUCCUCGUAGCCCUGAUCAUGUCCCGCAACCAAAGAAACCACGUUUAGUUUUCACUGACUUACAGAGACGUACCUUACAAGCAAUAUUCAAGGAAACAAAGCGACCGUCCAAGGAGAUGGUUGUCACCAUAGCCCGUCAGCUUUGUCUCCAAGCAACAACAGUUGGAAAUUUCUUCAUGAAUUCUCGCCGCCGAUCAUCGGAUAAAUGGCAAGAAGAAUCUCACGACGAUGAUGAUGUGAUGGGAGAUGAAGAAGACGAUGACACAGCUGACGAUGAAUGUCCUAUGGAUGCAGUGCAACAACACAACACAAAACAGCAAAUACAAUAUCAUCUUCAGCAACAUCACGCCCAACAAGCAGCUCAAUCUGCAGCUGGUCAUCAGUCGGGACAUGAUGAAAUGUGACAAAACAACAACAGCAAAUAUCCGGCUUACAAUCACUACAAUGAUACUCAACCAAAUUAUGAUGAAAGUGAAGAAAAUAUGGUUCCCAAUGGUAACCGGACAGUGCUUAAAUAUUACAAUAAUAAUAACCAUCAAUCUGGUCACGACAACUCUCAGAAAAUGAAUGAACAUAAUGAUAACUUUAGUAGUGAUGAUUCUAAUGAUGGUGAUAAGGAUAGUUCGCAAAUCAUGAUGCCGACUAUUGUUGCAACAGAUGAAGAAGAUAAUGACGAUGUUGAUGAUGAACAUCAAUCGGAUGACGACUAUAUUGGACUUUAUGAUAAUGGCGAAGCGCUUAACAAACUUGUUGAUGAAUUUUAGUCGAAAGAAGAUCAGAGGAAUGGAAUUCUCACAACUGUAUUACGUUUAGAAGGUGUAGUAAUUUAGAUUUCCACCUGGUCUCCUCUUUUACUUUUCAAUUUCCAAGUGAAUAAAAAGAAACCUUCACGACUCAUUAGAAUAUUGUUGAAAAGCGCAGAUGAUGGAUACAGACACAUUUUUUAUUAAUGCCUUGCGGUCGUAGCCCGCCCUUAAAUAAAAGAGAAGAAAAGAAAAAUCUUAAAAAAAAAUUAGAGAAGCAAAAUAAGUAAAAUUAUUAAACAUAAAGUCAGCAGCGUAAAUAAAUAAAUAAAUAAAAAGAAAAAAUGUUAAUUAUAGUGAUUGAUAAAGAAGAAAGUGAAAUGCAUUGUAAUGCUAUAGAAUAUAAUAAGAUUAUAGGACAUCAAUGAGGUUAUUGAGUGGGAAGACAAGAUUUGAUUGCAACAUCUUUGAAGAGACUUCUUCGAAUUACCUUUGAAGGUCAACAAUUUUUGUCUAUCUUCUCAUUCAUAAUUACAAACAAUUUGUAGAUUGAUUAAUGAAACUUUCUUUGAUUUUUAUUAGCAAUUUCAAACCAAAAAAAAAAAUGAAAAAGAAAUCAGCUAAACAGCUAAAACCAAAGAUGAUCAAAAAGUUAUUACUUAUCUACAACCAAAGAUAAAUGAGAUUUAUUUGUAGGUGACAGUUUUAAACCGCUAUUUACUUAGACAUUAGUCUUACACAUACACACGGACACGACAUGAUUGAAUUAAGACACGUACGACACAUUAUUGAUAAUUUAAUUUAUUACACUUCUUUCACUUGGACGACACGCAAAAUAAAACAAAAAAAAGAGAAUUACACUCAAAUUAUAAUGAAGAUCAAGUCAUGAGAAGAAUCCACUAAUAAUUAACUUUAAGAUGAUGAAAAACUAGUGCAAAUAAUACUAAAACUUAAGAAAUGAAAUCCUUGAAAGAAAUUAAAAGCUAAUUAAUACCUUUCCUAGAUGAAAACUAAAAGAAAAUUCUUUUUCGGCAUUUACUUGUAAAACAUCAUCAAGUGAAAGGCUGAAAGUAAAAACUUUAUAAAAUAAUUCAAUUAAUUUACAUGCUUUAAUUUAAAAGAAAUUCCUUUUGAGAUUUUUCUAGUCACGCAAAUGCUUUUGGUUUCAAUUUUGCUUUUUAGUUUCCUGUGAUACUCAAAACGAUAACAUUUUUGUUUGUAAAACUUUUUCUAGUCUCUGAAAUGCUAAAUAAGAAAACAUGUAGCAAGCAGUACAUGAUAGAUGAGAAAUUCCUUAUUUGUAAUCAUAACAAAGAAUAUUAAUUUAUUUUAUUUAUGUUUUCUUCGCCUGCAUUCAAAACAAUUAAUCUUAGAAAGAAUCUUUUUCGCUUAUAAAAUAUUAAUUUAGAUUCUCUAUGAAAAAGAAAAAGAAAAAA